CUUUGAUGGGGGGAAGAGUGCCAGCUGGUUGGGACCUCCACAGAGAACAUCUCCUCACUCAUAUCUACCUGAUCCAGAUGGAAUCUUGAUGGAAGUGAACUAACCCUCUCAUAUCUAUUGAUGAUGUUUUUCUAUUUUUCCAGGACACGCCAUGGAGAAACCCUCAAAGGAUCGUCUCACUUUAUCUCCAGGUUGUAAAAUGGAAGAUGAGGACAUCACAGGAGAUUGUGGAGGAGAAAAGACAAUGAGCUCCACUGUGGAUGGAGGACUUCACAGUGUGGAUAGACCAUGGAAUCCCUCUGACUCCGAGCAACCUCGUACUGUGAAGGGUGGUGCUAGAAUUCAGGGGGAGGAGACAUCCUCCUAUCCUGAAUGUGAGGAAAGUUCUAGCUCAGAAUUAAGUAUUUUUAAGCAUCAGAGAUCUCACACAGGGAAGAGACCGUAUUCCUGCUCUGAGUGUGGGAAAUGUUUUAAAUGGAAAUCAGAACUUGCCAAACAUCAAAAAUCUCACACAGGGGAGAGAUCAUAUUCCUGUCCUGAGUGCGGGAAAUGUUAUUCACUGAAAUCAACACUUGGCAGACAUGUGAAAACCCACACAGGUGAAAAGCCGUAUUCCUGUUCUGAGUGCGGGAAAUGUUUUGCAGUGAAGUCCCAACUUAACAUUCAUCUUAAAAUUCACACUGGGCAGAUGCAGUACACCUGCUCUGAGUGCGGGAAAUGUUUUCUAUGGAAAUCACAGCUUGACAUACAUCAAACUUCUCACACAGGGGUGAGGCCGUAUUGCUGUCCAGAGUGUGGGAAAUGUUUUCUGUGUAAAUCAGAUCUUGUCAGACAUCAAAGAACUCACACAGGGGAGAAGCCGUAUUCCUGUUCUGAGUGCGGGAAAUGUUAUCCGUGGAAAUCAGAACUUGCCAGACAUCAAAGAACUCACACAGGGGAGCAGUACACCUGCUCUGAGUGUGGGAAAUGUUAUCCAAAGAAAACAGAACUUGAUAAUCAUCAAACUUCUCACACAGGGGAGAGACCGUAUUCCUGUCCUGAGUGCGGGAAGUCUUAUCCGCUGAAAUCAACACUUAACAGACAUAUAAAAACCCACACCGGUGAGAAGCCGUAUUCCUGUCCUGAGUGCGGGAAGUCUUAUCCGCUGAAAUCCUCACUUAUCAGACAUGUAAAAACCCACACUGGUGAGAAUUCCAUAUUCCUGUUCUGAGUGCGGGAAAUGCUUCCGAGACAAAUCCCAUCUUUACACCUAUCAUAAAUCUCACACAGGGGAAAAAUAAAUAAAAAUUAAAAAGUAAUUAUUUCUUGUGUGCGGGAAAUGUUCCACUGAAAUCAAAACUUUUCACACAUCAAAGAUUUUACAUGGGUGAGAAGCCGUAUUCCUGUCCCCAGUGUGGGAAAUGUUAUCUGGAGAAAUCAACACUUGUCAGACAAUAAAAAUCCCAUAAGGGUGA